CGCCAUGGCAAUAACAAGGCUGGCGAAGACGGCACAUCUUGACAUUUUGCCAGCUUUGGUAUUCCUCCUAGCCAACGCAUAUGGCAUCCUUCAAUGUAUAAAUGUUUAAUACAAUUUUAUUUUUGCAUUCAAUUGUAGUUCAUAAAUAGGACGUGGCCGUUUCCGUACAAGAAACUUCCCUGCGUCAAGUCAGUCCCCCAGGCAGCCAUGGCGCUCAUCUCGGACUGGACGCAGCUCGGCGACGACGUGUUUUACCGGAAACAUGAGGUGUACAGCAUGGACUGGGGUGGAGGGAUUAACCUGGGGGACUUCCUUGUGGCCUCGGCGCCUUAUGGAGGACCACUGGCACUCACCCGUGAUGAGACCAAGUUCACCAAGACCCACCAACCUGGCAAACCACUCAUCUUUAUCUUCAGCUCCUCGGGCAAGAAGAUUUCCUCAUUCAAGUGGACGAGUGGCUACCUGCUGACGAUGGGCUGGUCAAGAGGGGAGGACCUGGUGUGCGUGCAGGAAGAUGGGGCGGUGCUGCUCUAUGACAUGUUUGGCAACUACCAGCACACCUUCAACAUGGGACAGGAGGCCAAGGACACCCACAUCCAGAGUGCACAUGUGUUCACUAGCUACAGGGAGACAGGCGUGGCGGUACUCAGUAAGUCCAACAGGAUCUUCAUGGUCAACAACAUUCAUGAACCCAAGACCAGGAAGUACCCAGACCUGCCUGGAGGCCCUGUAAACUGCUGGUGUGUGGUGCGGGAGGAACGUCACUCCAGUGUGCUGGUGAGCCAAGGUCGGGAUCUCCUGCUGCUCAAUCACAUAGAUGAACGCCCACAGGCACUGUACCCAGAGUGGAAUGAGUCAGGCACCUGUGUUGUGGAAAUGGCAGUCUCCACCAACUCGCGCCACAUUGCUCUUCUCUCGGACACUGGCAAACUGUGGAUAGGCUCCUCGGACCUCCGUAUCAAAUACUGCGAGUAUGAUGCUAAGAGUGCAGUGAAACCAAGACAACUAGCUUGGUGUGGUACAGGGGCAGUGGUGCUGCUGUGGGAGAUGACGUUGGAGGUGGUGAGUGUCAAUGGGGAAGCCACCAGCUAUUACCUUGACUCCUGCUCCCACUUGGUGCAGGAGGCUGAUGGCGUCAGGGUCGUGGGAAGCACUUGCCAUGACCUGCUGCAAAAGGUACCCUUAGUGGUGGUGGAGACACUGGGCAUUGGCUCCAUGGCUCCGGGUGCCCUUCUUCUGGAGGCUUCAAAGGGGUUUGAGGAGAGAAGCACUCAAGCCAAUGACUGUCUGGCCAUGAUCAAAGACUCGAUGGAGGAGGCUGUGAACCAGUGUCUCCAGGCGGCUCAGCACCAGUACCAGCCCCAGGCUCAGAAAAUGCUCCUCAGGGCUGCACUGUUUGGCAAGAGUUUUAUCCCAGAGAUGAAUCCUGAGCCCUGCAAGAAGACCCUUUUCACACUGAGAGUCCUAAAUGCUGUGCGGGAUCAUCGAGUGGGUCUUCCCCUCACCUGGAGUCAGCUGGAGCACCUCACCAUGUCGGUGCUGCUGGACAGACUGGUUCACCGACGCUUCUUCCCUCUGGCACUACAGAUCGCCAGCUUCCUAAAGAUCCCUGAGACUGAUGGCACCUCUCGGAUCCUGGCUCACUGGGCUUGCUUCAAGGUGCUGCAGCCAUCUCAGAAAAGUGAUGAGCACAUAGCCAAGGAGAUCAACAGUAAGCUGGGCUACACACCUGGCAUAUCCUACACAGACAUAGCCAACCGAGCUGACCAGGCAGGGAGGAAGCAGCUGGCCAUCAAGCUAAUUGAGUAUGAGUGCCGUGCGAAGGAACAGGUGCUGGUACUGAUGAGGCUAGGGGAGGACCAAACAGCCUUGCGACGAGCCCUACAGAGUGGUGAUACAGACCUUAUUUACACUGUGCUGUGUCGCCUUCGCCAAAAGCUGUCCUCUGGGGACUUCCUGAUGUUGAUUCGUAACUUCCCAGUGGCACAAGCCCUACACAUACGCAGCUGCCGGGACCUCGACACCGAACAGCUGAGAGACAUUCUGGUGCAGGAAGAUGACUUCCUAGAACAAGGCCUGCUGAGAGUGAAGGAAGCUUACAACAGCUCGCGCGCGGACACCCGACUGGCAUCACUUCAGGGUGCCGCAGAGCUGUUCCGACGUGCCAAGCAUGAGUCCCACCUGCAGAUGACUGAGGAACAAAUCAAGCUGUACAAGUGGCAGAUCCGCCUGGAGGAGAGUCAACAGAAGCCAUACACAGACAAGUCCCUCCAUGACACAGUCCACCAGCUGCUGUUGGAUGGCCAGGUCAAGGAAGCUGAGAAAUUGCGUGUGGAGUUCAAGAUCCCUGAGAAAAGGUACUGGUGGCUGAGGGUGGUUGCUCAUGCCCAGGCCAGUCACUGGGAUGAAUUGGCAGCUCUGGCAAAGAACAAGAAAAACCCCAUUGGUUUUGAGCCCUUUGUGGAGGUGUGCCUAAAAACUGGCAACAAGCUGGAGGCACAGAAGUAUGCCAUGCGGGUGAAGGAGGAGAACAAGGUGUCCUGCCUCAUCAAGUGUGGAAUGGGGCAGGAGGAACUUGGUGUCCUUCAGUGCCUCAAAAACUCGGUUUCUCCACCUGUUAACUCGACACAAUCUUCCAAACAUCUAUCCCAUAUUCUUUGACAACACACAGCUGUUCCCUUCUUCUACAAUAAACAUUUUCUGUCUAUCCUUAACUCAAAAUCUUAACUGAAAACUUCAUAUCUCACCUGUCGCUAAAUCAGCUUCCUCAAGGUUAGGCAGAUCCGUGCAGUUGCGAUGUCAUGAUUUUAAUCCUUAUGGACUUUCUAUCACUGCUCUAUCACUCAUUGGGUGUUGUUUAGUAGAUCCAACCCACAGCAAAUUCCAUUUGCCAUGACAUAGCCAAUCAUCUCUCGCUUUCUGCUACCUCUUAAAAUCAACACUGUUGGUAUCUAAAUGUGGUUAUUCUUAUAAUUGCUCUUCCUUAUGGCUAUUUAUUAGUUUAUUACCCACAAAUAACAAAUAUAUUUCAGGAUUAAUGAUAGCACGAUGAAAGAGAAGGUUCUCUCCUUAGGUCAAUGUUUACAUUAUGACUAAGCCAAGACUAGAAAUGUACCAAGAAAUCUUACAAUAAAUGAGUUAACGAAUGACAUUGUGUAGACUGUAGCCUAGUACUCUGUAGUAGUAAAAAGUAGUAAAAAAAAAGUUUAGCCUAACAGUCGCUUCCAUUGCUGGAUAUUGUCUGUUUGCAUGCAGUUUUGGCUUAGUUUUGUUAUGAAUGUCAUUUCAGAUUUAUUUAUAAUAGUUCAAAAUGCACAUAUUUAUCAAUAAAGAUAUUAUGCUUUAGUUUUUAUUGGUGAAAUCUGUUACCUUAAAGCUCAAAAAGGGUUUUGUUAGGAAUACAAAGUCAAUUUUAUAUAUGUUAGAAAAGUUAAGAAUUGGCCAAUGAGCGCACAGUACCAUCACCCAAGCAAUGCCAAGUCCAAGAGUCCAUCAUUGAAGGCUUAGGCAAGCCAGCUCUUGUGGAACUAACUAUAGCAGUCUUCUACCUCUUAAAUUCCACAACAAUGUUGCAUCUCUCUUUAUUUUCUAUCUAUACUUCAAUACUUACCCCCCAUCUGCACAUG